GCGCGCAGCACCGGGACCGCGCCUGCCGGGUGGAGUCGGGCUCCGCACCUCCGCUCCGGGUGCCGGGCGGCGGGAGCGGACGGGACGGACGGCGACUGGCGGGCAGGAGAUCUGCGCUAUUCAGGGACGAGACUCGAGCCGACCUUAGCGGUUUUGUGGGGCGAGGAGAGUGGCGCUAGGGGACCAAAGCCGGGCCACCCGCUAACGGCCCAAGUCCUCUGCAGACCCGAAGGACGCCGUUCCCAGGUUCGCGCCGCUCCGCGGUCCCGCAGCCACCAUGCCUUUCCGCCCGCCAGGCUCCCCGCGCCUGGACCGCGCCUGACUGCCUGCCGCGCCAUGGCUGCGCCCCAGAACUGUGACAGAGGUCAAGUGGCCUCCACCCUCCGCUACUGCAUGAUGGUCGGCGGCAUGGCGGCUCUGGUGGCCGGGACACUCUGCUUCGCUUGGUGGAGUGAAGGGGACACUGGCGGUCAAGCCAGCCAGCCAGCCCCACCCACUGGGCACCCCACACCUGAGUCCCCCAGGCCCUUGCUGAGGUCCAUCAGCUUCUCCUGUUGCGGGGCAGGUGGCUUGCUGCUGCUCCUUGGCCUGCUGUGGUCCUGCAAGGCCAGCAUCUGGGCGCGACCCCGGUGGGACCCGUAUCACCUCUCCAGAGACGUGUACUACCUCACUGUGGAGCCCGAGGAGAAGGAGAGCUGCAGGACCCCAAAACUGGUUGCCAUCCCCACUUACGAGGAGGCUGUGCACUGCCCGCUGGUUGAGGGGCCCCUGGCACCUCCUGCAUACCCCCAGGAGGAAGACCUGAUGCACAGUGCCUCCUGGGCUGCCCUGCUUGGGACACAGCCUGCCUCGCCUCCACCGGGCUACGAGUGCUCCAUCCUUGCUGUGGAAGCCAUCCCUGGAGAGAAAGUAUCUGGUGCUGCCUGGCCGGUUCAGGCUGCAGUAGGAGGAAGUUAAAGGUCCCCACCAGGCUCUGAAUCCAGAGACAAAUCCUGAGCUUCUUCUAAGGUCCAACACAGCGCCUGGUUCAUAGUAGGCACUCAACGGAUGUUUGUUUCUCAGUGCUGUUUUACUUAUCUAUUGCUGUGUAACAAAUAGCUUAAAAUAAACCCAUUUUGUUAUCUGUCCUGA